AAAUAUUUUAAUUGCUGACUUACAUUAAUGAAUUCAUAUAUGAAGUAAAAGAUAUUAAUUAUUAUAAUGAUGUCGGGUGUUUUAUUCUCCAUUGUUGUGAAGUGUCGCCUGUGAUUUUAAAUGUAAGAUGACCAAUAAUGUAAGUGUGUAGCACCUUUCUUACGAUUUUAAAGGACUCUGUAGCUUAAUCGAGAAUUUGUUUUCAUACAGGUUUUCUACCAGUCUUAUUUACUAUGGUGUUAGUUUUGGAAUCCAGGCUCUAAAGGGAAAUAUCUACCUGAAUUUAUUCAUAUUUGGUGUUGCUGGCAUACCAGCAAAACUGAUCUCUGUUUAUAUGACUAAUAGAUUCGGGAAAAAGAUUGCUUCCAUGAUUUGCUUUACUGGCAUCAUAAUUGGUGGUUUUGUAGCCGGAACAGCACAAGCUUUUGAUACACCACAUCGUGACGUUUUAACUACUGCGUUUGCUGUACUUGCAUGUAUGACAGACCAAAUGGCUUCGGGUCCAAUUCAAACUAUGACGAUAGAAGUUUAUCCUACUGUUAUAAGAAAUAUUGGUUUUGGAUCAUUAAGUGUCAUCGACGGAUUAGGUGCAGCAUUAGGUCCACAAUUUGUUUACUUGAACAUGUAUGUGCCAGGAUUGUUGUACUUCGUUUGUGGUGGAAUAGCGAUACUGUGUCUUAUCUCACAACAGUUCUUACCGGAAACGAGGGAUUCAAAUUUGAAUGACAAAAUUCACCCGCAAAAAGUGAAAGAAGAGCCCUGUGGGGAGAAAGAUUCAAAAUUUUAAUGAACAUCACCUUUGGCGUGUAAGAAGUAUAAGUAUGCGAAACAUAUCGAUAGCUUAUAUGGUUAUUUGUUUAUUUAUGACAGCUUUGAUUUAAAAAUAUUUUAAAAAGUUUGUUAAAACAAACAAAUAAAAAAAAAGCCACAUAAAUUAUAAAUUGUCAUACAUUUUAAAAAGUUUUAACUGUUGUUAAUCUAGCCGCAAAAUGAUUUUUUGGCAAAAAAGCUAAUAAAUAUUUAACUGACUUGACUUAAUUUGAACAGUGAGACUCAAGUUUAAUUUAAAUGAGCAGUAACCGAAGUGACAAAUCGACAAAUAAGAAAAGAAAAUGAAUGACGAUCAUCGGAUACAAAGAAAAUAAAAUUCAUUGAUAAAUAUAUAUGCAUUAUUAGUUAAAAAUGUUUUAAAAGUACAUUGAACAUACAUCUAGGUAAUGCAAGCUUUUAUAUCUAUGUAAUUUAUUAACAUUCAUGUGCAUGAAUAAACUUGUAAUGAAUGUUUAGUUACACUGAUUACCGUGUUGAAAUUUUAUUAAUGACCAUCUAAAAUUAAGCGUGCUAACGCAAGACAUAAAAGUCAUGCGUGCAUGCAUAUAAAAACAAUAGAAAGAAAUGCUACAAUAAGAAAGUUAUACAUACUUAAUUACUAACAUUAAUUGAAUGGUCUCCGUUUCACAUUAUUCAUAUCAUGAUACUAUUGCAUAAUGGGAAAUAAUCAAAAUGACAUUACCAUAAAUUAAACAUCUCAUUAAGUAAGUUUGAUGUUGAGAGUGUUAAAGCUUUCAGCUUGAUAUGAACGACCGUACUAUUUUUGCAAC